CGAGGCAGAGCCUCUCCUCAAAGGCUGGCUCCCACGGAAAAUAUGCUCAGUGCAGCCGCGUGUGUGAAUGCAAACGCCGCCAGGCGCUUCUUCUAGUCGGGCAAGAUGCAGCCGAGAACUCCGCUCGCCCUGUGCGUUCUGCUGUCCCAGGUGUUCCUUGUAACAGCUGCAGACGACUUGGACUGCACUCCUGGAUUCCAGCAGAAGGUGAUACACAUCCAGCAGCCUGCUGAAUUCAUCGAGGACCAGCCUGUUCUAAACUUGACCUUCAGUGACUGCAAGGGUAAUGAGAAGCUGCACUAUGAGGUCUCAAGCCCGCACUUCAAGGUGAACAGUGAUGGCACCUUGGUUGCUCUCAGAAACAUAACUGCAGUGGGCAGGACCCUGUUUGUCCAUGCCAGGACGCCUCACGCCGAAGACAUGGCAGAACUCAUGAUUGUCGGGGGGAAGGACAUCCAGGGCUCCUUGCAGGAUAUAUUUAAAUUUGCAAGGACAUCUCCUGUCCCAAGACAAAAGAGGUCCAUUGUGGUGUCUCCCAUCUUGAUCCCAGAGAACCAGAGACAGCCCUUCCCCAGAGAUGUUGGCAAGGUAGUCGAUAGUGACAGACCUGAAGGGUCCAAGUUCCGGCUUACUGGAAAGGGAGUGGAUCAAGAACCUAAAGGAAUUUUCAGAAUCAAUGAGAACACAGGCAGCGUCUCCGUGACACGGAGCCUGGACAGAGAAAUGAUCGCUACUUAUCAACUGUUUGUGGAGACCACGGACGUCAGUGGCAAAACUCUGGAGGGGCCGGUGCCCUUGGAAGUCAUCGUGAUUGAUCAGAAUGACAAUAGACCCAUCUUUCGGGAAGGCCCUUACAUUGGCCACGUCAUGGAAGGGUCACCCACAGGGACCACGGUGAUGCGGAUGACAGCAUUUGAUGCAGAUGACCCGGCCACUGACAAUGCCCUCCUGCGGUACAACAUCCGUCAGCAGACGCCUGACAAACCAUCUCCCAACAUGUUCUACAUCGAUCCUGAGAAAGGAGACAUUGUCACCGUGGUAUCACCUGCGCUGCUGGACCGGGAGACUCUGGAAAAUCCCAAAUAUGAACUGAUCAUUGAAGCUCAAGAUAUGGCAGGACUGGACGUUGGAUUGACGGGCACAGCCACAGCCACCAUCGUGAUCGAUGACAAAAAUGAUCACUCGCCAAAAUUCACCAAGAAAGAGUUCCAAGCCACGGUGGAGGAAGGAGCCGUGGGGGUCAUUGUCAAUUUGACAGUAGAGGACAAAGAUGACCCCACAACAGGGGCCUGGAGGGCCGCCUACACCAUCAUCAAUGGAAAUCCCGGGCAGAGCUUCGAGAUCCACACCAACCCGCAGACCAACGAGGGCAUGCUCUCUGUGGUCAAGCCCCUGGACUAUGAGAUCUCCGCCUUCCACACCCUGCUGAUCAAAGUGGAAAAUGAGGACCCACUGGUACCAGACGUCUCCUAUGGCCCCAGCUCCACAGCGACCGUCCACAUCACAGUCCUGGAUGUCAACGAGGGUCCAGUCUUCUACCCGGACCCCAUGAUGGUGACCAAAUGGGAGAAUAUCUCUGUGGGCAGUGUGCUGCUGACAGUGAAUGCCACAGACCCCGACUCCCUGCAACAUCAAACCAUCAGGUACUCUGUUUACAAGGAUCCAGCAGGCUGGCUGAAUAUUAACCCCAUCAAUGGAACUGUUGAUACCACAGCCGUGUUGGACCGGGAGUCCCCAUUUGUCCACAACAGUGUGUACACGGCCCUGUUCCUGGCCAUCGAUAGUGGCAACCCUCCUGCCACAGGUACUGGGACCCUGCUGAUAACCCUGGAGGACGUCAACGACAAUGCUCCCUUCAUUUACCCAACGGUGGCUGAAGUCUGCGAUGACGCCAAAAACCUCAGUGUGGUCAUUUUGGGGGCUUCAGACAAGGAUCUUCACCCCAAUACAGACCCCUUCAAGUUUGAGAUUCAUAAACAGACCGUCCCUGAUAAAGUCUGGAAGAUCUCCAAAAUAAACAACACCCAUGCCCUUGUGAGCCUUCUUCAGAAUCUGAACAAAGCGAACUACAAUCUGCCCAUCAUGGUGACAGAUUCAGGGAAGCCACCAAUGACAAACAUCACAGACCUCAGGGUGCAGGUGUGCUCUUGCAAGAACUCCAAAGUAGACUGCAAUGCGGCGGGGACCCUGCACCUCAGCCUCAGCUUGCUGCUGCUCUUCUCUCUCUUCAGCUUAUCAGGUCUGUGAGAACACCACGACUGAAGCUUGACUCCCAAGUUGCCAUAGCAACAGGAAAAAGAAAAAAAAAAAGUCUAUCCAAAUCUGAAGAUUGCCGUUUACAGCUCUGAAACUUCACAACCAGGCCUCAAUUGUUCCACAUCCUCCUUUUUCUUUGCGAUUUCAUUUCAUCUGUACCUCACCAUUUGAUAGCAUCUUCCUUCUUGCUUUGAUUAAUGGAACCCUCUGGAUUUGCCCUGAAUGUUUAAAGAUCAUGUGUGUCACUGGACCUUAGGGAGCAGGAACAAUGACUACUUUUUCUGAUGCAUCCACAUGUUGCUAGACAGCGCUCCUCCAUCCAUGCAGCUGUGUGGUGGGUUUGUACCUGUACAUGGAUGGGUAUCUGUCGGUGUAUAUACCCAGUAUUUAUGUAGAAGACUGCAGGAGCCACCUGCUUUUGAGAUGCUUAGACAGAGGUGGUGGAAGCUCCAACAGCUGAGCUCUCCAGCCAAGAUCAGUUCACUGAGCUGUCACUCACCUGUGCAGCAAAGCUGCACCGCCAGGGGCCUACUCAGUCUA